AUGCAUAUUAGGCAUAAGGCAAGGGACCAGUCGACACUAUUGCAUGUGAGAGUGCUGGAGUUGCAAUAUGCUGGCAAUGCCAUUGCAAUGCCCUUUGCAACAGAUACAUUCCCUUUGUCGACCAGUAGUAUGCCUCUGGAAAAGCACACUACUACCUGCAAAUUGUGUGGGAAAACAUUCAAGCUGACUGGAAAAGGACCUCAUCACAAAUCAUGCAUCAGGUGGGCUUGCAAAACAAAUGAAGAUCAUGCUCACUUUGACUUGCUUCAUCGAGAAGGCAUUCUUACUGGUAGAUCAGUGACAGGGCCCACUGUUGAGACACACACAGAGCCAGCACCAGAGCCUGCUACAUUCUGGCCCAUGGUUAUGGAUCUUGAGCUGCCUGCUGGUGCUGAUGUGGGUGCAAAUGAUGAACUGAAUGUUGCUGAACCCAAGGUUGAUAUCAACAUCAUUGAUGAUAUCCAAGUUGAAUACCACCCAAAUGCUGGAAAGCCAACUGUGAAAGUGCCAUUCACUGAGUUCACCUGA